AUGACCAUUACCCCGCGCGCGUCCCGCCGCCUCUCCGAGAUAACGCGCAAAGAUAACAAGCCCAAGACAUGCUUGCGGAUCUCCGUGGAAUCGGGCGGCUGCCACGGCUUCCAGUAUCUGAUGUCCCUUACGUCGACGGACAAGGUCUCGCGGGAGGAGGAUACGCUGUUUGAGGCGGACGAUGGGACGGAGGCCAAGGUCGUACUGGACGAGCCGAGUUUAGAACUGCUGAAGGGGAGCAAGGUCGACUAUACAAUGGAGCUGAUUGGGAGCCAAUUCAAGAUUGUGGAUAAUCCGCUUGCGACCAGUAGUUGUGGGUGUGGGACGAGUUUUGAUAUCAAGGCGUGA